CUUAGCAACCAUGGCGGAUGACAUCGAAGAGUUGGCUGAUGGAGUUUCAGAAGAGGCCAAAACACGUCUUGUUGAAACUGUGGAGGAUCUCAGGCAGAGCAAUGCCGCGCUCCGGGCGGAGACGGAGAUGUUCGAGCGCUUCAUCAGGCGGCAGGAGGCCAAGGACGACAGCGCCCUGUCCGACGGCCUGGGAGGGAUCUUCCAGGACAUGGGAAUGUGCCAAGGGAGGAAGGCCAGGCUGGCUCAGGAGAAGCACCGGCUCACUAUGGAGCAGAAGUGUGACGUGGCAGAGAGAGAGCAUGACACAAUGCGGGAGGAACUGCAACACCUGAAGGAAAGCUCAGAGCGGCAGCUGCACAGCCACCAGGCCACAAUGGAGGAGGCGGAGAUUAGGCUGAGCGAGGUGAAGAAGGCCAGCUACGAGUUUGACCGCGAUGUUGCCAAGGUGAUUCGAGAGAAGAAGGGCGGCAUGAUGGAUGCAGAGAAGGUCAUUCGUUACAUAGAGGACAGAAUUAAGGCGAAGGACGCCCUGGUGGAGAAGCUGCGUCUGAAGAACGGCGCUCUGAGGGUGCAGAAGCGGAAGCUGGAGCUGCAGCUGAAGCAGAAGGAGGAGGUGGGGGAGGCGCGGCACCACGUGGACUUCCAGCAGCUGAAGAUCAAGAACACGCAGUACCUGCAGCAGAUCGACGUCCUCAACCAGGACCUGCUCCGCCUCAAACUGCUGGCCGGGAGCACCCAGCAGAUCCUGCACUCGCACAAGAACAAGCUGCAGCAGCUGAUCAACGAGUCCAAGUUGCUGAGCAACGAAAUCGCCUCGCGAGACGACGUGGUGGCCAAGAUGGAGGAGGAGAAGCGGCAGGCGGAGCACGAGUGCGCGGAGGCGGAGGUGGUGAACGCGCAGCUGAAGCGGCAGCUGGAGAGCUUCAGCGUCCCGCCCCUGCUGGACUACAUCAAGGCCAAGAGCGUCCACGGCGAGCUGGAGCAGACCGUGCGGUCCUGGGAGCGCAAGGUGGUCCUCGCCGAGAUGGCGCUGAGGAACCACACAAAGAUGCUGGAAAAGAUUCAGCUUCAGGUAUCUGGUGUAGCAGACCUGAGCCAGUAACCCCACCUUACUACACCCAAACCUGACCCAAUAACCCCGCCUUACUACACCCAAACCUGACCCAAUAACCCCACCUUACUACACCCAAACCUGACCCAAUAACCCCACCUUACUACACCCAAACCUGACCCAAUAACCCCACCUUACCACCCAAACCUGACCCAAUAACCCUGCUUUAUCACCCAAACCUGACCCAAUAACCCCACCUUACCACCCAAACCUGAGCCAGUAACCCCACCUUACUACACCCAAACCUGACCCAAUAACCCCGCCUUACUACACCCAAACCUGACCCAAUUACCCCGCCUUACUACACCCAAACCUGACCCAAUAACCCCACCUUACUACACCCAAACUUGACCCAGUAACCCCGCCUUACUACACCCAACCCUGACCCAAUGACCCCACCUUACUACACCCAAACCUGACCCAAUAACCUCACCUUACCACCCAAACCUGACCCAAUAACCCUGCUUUAUCACCCAAACCUGACCCAAUAACCCCACCUUACUACACCCAAACUUGACCCAGUAACCCCGCCUUACUACACCCAAACCUGACCCAAUAACCCCGCCUUACUACACCUAAACCUGACCCAAUAACCCCACCUUACUACACCCAAACUUGACCCAGUAACCCCACCUUACUACACCCAACCCUGACCCAAUAACCCCACCUUACUACACCCAAACCUGACCCAAUAACCCCACCUUACUACACCCAAACCUGACCCAAUGACCCCACCUUACUACACCCAAACCUGACCCAAUAACCCCACCUUACUACACCCAAACCUGACCCAAUAACCCCACCUUACUACACCCAAACCUGACCCAAUGACCCCACCUUACUACACCCUAACCUGACCAAAUAACCCCACCUUACUACACCCAAACCUGACCCAAUAGCCCUACUUAACCACACUCAAACCUCCAAGCUACUCCCGUAUGUGUGUACGUGUUUUUAUUUUUAUUUGGGGGGGGGGGGGUGUUAGGGAAUUGCAAUGUUCUCCUAUGUAUUACUAUUUAGGUCCUACAGAGCAGAGCAGAGCUUAAAAAACAGGAGCUUCCAUACUUGUAUGAAAGAGAUUUAAGUUAAAACUAAACAUUGUAAUAAAUUUUUCGUUUGAUGGA